UCUGCGCAGUCUUUCGCGUGUCAGGCAACGCUGACGCUAUCGCGUUACCGCUCACGUGCUUGGAUCUGUCUAAACGGUCGUGUUCGGAAGCUGAGAGACGGAGAAUUAGAUGCCUCUAGGCGAUUUUUAUACUUUGGUUGUGUAUUAAUAAGUGGAUAGGACCGACUUUUUUUUAAAAAUCGGCAAGGACACACAUUUUAGUGUUGGAACUGAAAGUCGAGUUUAGUAGCCUAUUAGUAGCCGGCUUGUGAGCAGGGGAAAAGAGAAGCUCUAUGAAACGCAACGUUUCGGUCGUUCGUUUUCAGAGAACUGCGUCUGUUUCUCUGAUGAGGUCGACCUCACACACCCGGGCUACCCCGCACCUCGAAACAGGUAGAACUUUUGCAAUUUAAAAGUUACUGCAUCUUGCAACCUGACAUGGCGAACAGCGACUACGAAAAGAGGAAAGUGGAUCUAUCCGAGGACGGUCAAAUUGACUCUGGUAUCGACUCGUUCAGAUCUCUAAACAAGGAUUACCAGUGUAUUAAACCGACACAAGGAUCGAAUGCCGAGGACAAUGAGGGUAACAACGACAAGUUGGACAGUGUCAGUGGGGACCGCUUGGACUCGGCGUACGGUUCAUCGUCGCUCACAGUUGACAGUCUGAACGAGAUAAUCCAGAGUUGCAGCAUUUCGGAACAACCUGAAUCGGAAAACCCGGAGUCCUGCAGUGAACAGGAAGUAAACCUACUAACUACGGUCACUGAGGAUGGAGACACAAUCUUACACCUUGCAAUAAUCCACGAAGAGGAGGACUUUGCUCAUCAGCUGAUCGAGCUCUUUCCAAAGGACAUCCUGGACAUUCAGAAUAAUUUGUACCAGACGCCCCUGCACCUGGCGACCUACCUGAACUCCCCGUCGGUGGUGCGGCGGCUGCUGGAGCGGGAGGCCGGCCUGGAGCUGCAGGACCAGGAGGGGAACACCCCGCUGCACCUGGCCUGCGACCAGGGGCGCAACGACUGCGCCUCGGAGAUGGGCACCCACACGCCCCCCCGCCAGCUCAGCGUCGUCAUGGAGAUGCAGAACUGGAGAGGACAGACCUGCCUGCACCUGGCAACCCAACGCAGGAACCACCGCAUGGUGAAGCUCCUGCUGAAGAAAGGGGCUAAACUUAACACGCAGGACGGGACGAGUGGGAAGACCGCGCUGCACAUGGCGGUGGAGCUCCAGGACGUGCAGCUGGUCAAGCUCCUGCUGAACAAGGGCGCCAACGUGGACGCGGCCAUGUUUAAUGGCUGCACCCCGCUGCACCUGGCCGUGGGGCGGCAGGACGCCGGCACCACCCUGCUGCUCUGCCAGUCCGGCGCCGACCAGAUGCUCAAGAACAUGGAGGACGAGACCGCGCUGGACCUCGCCGACGGGAACGACAGCAUCCUGGCCAUCUUUCCUUUCGAUGACAUUCAGAUCUCUGGCCGGUCCGUCAUGGAGAUGAAGUUCUGACGGACUGGGAGACUGUGGACGUGUGUUUGUACAGAGGUCACCAGCACCAGCACUGCCGAGGAGUUCUGAUCCGAGCUGAACUGGGUGUGAAUUGAGAGCUCCACUGGGUCUUUACCUGUGCAGAAUUGUGAAAUUACUGUUGAAUGGAAUGGAUCUCACAGCAGAGAUAAGCCUUUGGUCUUAGAAACGAAAGUGUUUAACAUCUGGGAUGCAGAAGUGGUUCCCCGCUCCUCGUCAUGGUUUGGCAGAGAGAAAAGUGGAAGGCUGGGAUGUUUAAAAAAAAAGAGAAAAAAAAAAAAAAGAACCUUUUUCUUAUUUUUAGUUUUGAGUGUGACUGUGUUCCUCCUACCUGUGAGACACACACACACACACACACGCACACACACACACACACACACAGACACACUGCCCCCCACCAGUGCUCCUGCCCCCCCGACAGCACACACAUCUGCACAAACAGCGUCACCUGCUCUGAGCACAUCUGUUUCAGGAAUCGCUGCAUCACAGAUAAAGGAAUUUCCCGGUCCUGUACAAGCUUAGUGUGCUAAUGAGUGGUGUUUAAUAGCUUUUUUGCGUUCGUGACCAUUUUUCUCCCCCGUGUCCCCGUCCAGAUCACAAGCAAGCGCCCCGCGUAAAGGGGACUCAUUUUGAAAGCGCGCGCUGCUCUGAGAAUGACUAAGCCUGUGCUUUGUGUUCCGGAGCAGCAGACUGAAAACCGCUGUGGGCGUGUCCUCCAAAUUAACGCCGCAAGUUCAUCAGUUCUGCGAACAAAGUGAGAAAAUAUGGCUGGCUAGCUGUCCAUCGCUCGUCUGUCAAAGGUCAUUGACACUAAAGAAUGAAUUUUCCAGCUGAAAGAUCUCUGCUUUGCUUACGGCUCGGAGACGAAUGACAGCGAUCCAUUUUAGCUUCAGGAGCAGAGGGUACGGAAUUGUAAUUUACGUUUAUAGUUGAACAAAUAUAUUUUAAGCAGAUUAAUUAAAUCUUCCGUCGUGUGACAUCAUUAAUAAUAAAUGUUUGGUGUGAAAGUAAGGUAUGUAAUGAAUGUUUACUGCAGUUGAUUGGAUUAAUAGAUAGAGUUGUAGCAGUAGUUUUAUUAGUAGUAGGCCUAAUAAAAUGUCUUUGUUUAUCAUUGUUAAUGUGUUGACGGUUGAGAUCAUCUGUUGAUCUACUCUUUUGUCUACCGCUUUCAUUAUAGAGUAUAUUUUCUAAUAAAUGUAUUAAGGAUA